UCAUGAGUGGCACUUAUUAGCCCCUCCGUAUAUCCUCCAAAUAUGAUGGACGACUUAGUUUUCAUUCCUAUCCCACGGGGCAUUAUUACACUGGGAAGGGGGGCGUGCCAUUUUGCGCAAGGGACCUCCGCCGACGGGAUAGAGCGUAGGCUUUGGAUGGUGCUCUCGGAUUGCAGUUGACAAGGAAAGUCAUCUUCUGGACUACUGUUUCCAAUACAGCUAUGGCGGUGCUAAUGUAAAGUUUGAGACAAGCGUGAUGUCCGGAUAACACAGCGCCAGUGUGCAUUUACGCACGUUGGACAGCCUGGAGCGCAGGAUUUUAACCUUCGUACCGCCGCUUGGGACAGCCCUCCAAGUCUGAUCUCCUCAGUACCAGACUGUCUAAUGAAAGGUGGGAUAUAUUAUGGCUUCUGCUCCACUUGAGGCAAGGAAGUUUGCCCGGGGGCUCAACAAACCGGGCACCGCCGCAGAGCUGAGGCAGAGCGUCUCCGAGGCUGUGAGGACGUCAGUGUUGAUGGUAAAGCCGAAGAUCAUCGAGCCCCUGGACUAUGAGAAUGUGAUCCUGCAGAGGAAGACCCAGAUCAUCAGUGAUGUCCUGCGGGACAUGCUGCAGUUCCCCACAGACGACUUCCAGAUCUCCACCCUGAAGCGCCAAGGCAGGACUCUGUUCUCCACCGUGCCAGAGACUGCCGAGAAAGAAGCUCACUCACUGUUUGUCCAAGAGUGUAUCAAAACCUACAAGUCUGACUGGCAUGUGGUCAACUACAAGUAUGAGGAAUAUUCUGGAGACUUCCGCCAGCUCCCAAAUAAAGUGUCAAGACCUGAGAAACUGGCAGCUCACCUGUUUGAGGUGGAUGAAGAUGUUGAAAAAGAUGAGGACACAGCCUCUCUGGGAUCUCAGAAGGGAGGAGUGUCUAAACAUGGCUGGCUGUACAAAGGCAACAUGAACAGUGCCAUCAGUGUUACUAUGCGGUCCUUCAAGAGGAGGUACUUCCAUCUGGCCCAGCUGGGGGACGGAUCCUACAACCUCAACUUCUACAAGGACGAGAACACCUCCAAGGACCCCAAAGGAACCAUCUUUCUGGACUCAUGCAUGGGGGUGGUUCAGAACAGCAAAGUGCGCCGGUUCGCCUUUGAGCUGAAGAUGCAGGAUAAGAGCACGUUCCUGCUGGCUGCAGAGAGCGAGGCGGAGAUGGAGGAGUGGAUCGGCACGCUCAACAAGAUCCUGCACAGCAGCUUCGAACAGGCCAUGCAGGAGAAGAGGAACGGAGACCUGCAUGACGAUGAGGAGCUUGGAAAAGCAGACCUCUCCUCUGGAAGUUUUCAAGACAGCUUUCAGACUGCCAGAGAUAUUGAGUCCAAAAUGAGGAGUGAAGCUCGUCUGAAGCUGUUCACUCUGGACCCUGACACCCAGAAACUGGACUUCUCUGGCAUUGAGCCGGACGUGCGGCAGUUUGAAGAGAAGUUUGGGAAGAGAGUCCUGGUCAGCUGUAACGACCUGUCCUUCAACUUGCAGGGCUGCGUCGCAGAGAAUGAAGAGGGACCCACAACUAAUGUGGAGCCUUUCUACGUGGUCCUGUCGCUCUUCGACGUCCAGAACAGUAGAAAGAUCUCGGCCGAUUUCCACGUGGACCUCAACCACCCUCUGGUCAGACAGAUGACAUCAGGUUCAACUAACAAGCAAGACGUGCACAUCAAUGGAAGCAGCGAUGGUCCCCUCAGGCACGCCAGUGGGCUUCCAGUGGGCUCUCUCCAGUACCCCAGACAGGGGGUCUUCUCUGUCACAUGCCCCCAUCCAGAGAUCUUCCUGGUGGCCAGGAUUGAGAAGGUCCUGCAGGGGGGGAUCACCCACUGCACUGAACCCUACAUGAAGAGCUCAGACUCCGCCAAGAUGUCUCAAAAGGUGCUGAAGAAUGCUAAGACGGCCUGCAGCAGACUGGGACAGUACAGGAUGCCGUUUGCCUGGGCUGCAAGGCCUGUGUUCAAAGAUGCAUCAGGAACUUUGGACAAGAGCUCUCGCUUCUCGGCUCUCUAUAGACAGGACAGCAGCAAGCUGUCAGACGAGGACAUGUUCAAACUGCUGACUGACUUCAGAAAAGCAGAGAAAAUGGCCAAACUCCCCGUGCUCUUAGGGAACUUAGAUGUAACUAUUGACAGCGUGGCCCCGGAUGUAACAAAUUGCGUCACUACCUCCUACAUCCCUGUGAGGAACUUUGAAGGCAACGGGAGUGGCGGCGCUCUCCUGGAGGUGGAGGAGUUUGUGCCCUGCAUCGCUAAGUGCUCCCAGCCAUUCACCAUCUAUAAGAACCACCUCUAUGUGUACCCAAAACACCUGAAAUAUGACGGACAGAAAACCUUUACUAAGGCAAGAAAUAUUGCAGUCUGCGUUGAAUUCAAGGAUUCUGAUGAGGAUGAAGCCCAGCCAGUGAAGUGCAUCUAUGGUCAUCCAGGAGGUCCUCUAUUCACCAAGCAGGCAUAUGCCACCGUCCUGCACCAUCAGCAGAACCCUGAGUUCUAUGAUGAGAUAAAGAUAGAGCUGCCAACUCAGCUGCACGAAAAGCACCACCUUCUCUUCACCUUCUAUCACGUUAGCUGUGACAGCAACAGCAAGAAGAAAGACCUGGUGGAGGCUCCAGUGGGUUCAGCAUGGCUGCCUCUGCUGAGGGAUGGCAGAGUCAUCAUGAACGAACAGCUGCUGCCAGUGGCUGCCAAUGUGCCCGCCGGGUACCUGGGCUCCCAGGACGGGAUCAACAAGCACUCUGGCUCGGAGAUCAAAUGGGUAGACGGAGGAAAACCUCUGUUCAAAGUCUCAACUCAUCUUGUUUCCACAGUUUACACUCAGGAUCAGCAUUUGCACAACUUCUUCCACCACUGUCAGAUCAUGGAGAUGUCAGAACAAGCUUCAGAGGGAGAGCUGGUGAAAUACCUGAAGAGUCUCCAUGCGAUGGAGGGUCAUGUGAUGGUCAACUUUCUGCCCACCGUCCUCAACCAGCUGUUCUGCGUCCUAACCAGAGCCACACAUGAGGAUGUGGCUGUCAAUAUGACCAGGGUGAUGGUUCAUGUUGUAGCGCAGUGCCAUGAGGAAGGGCUCGAACAUUACCUGAGAUCUUAUAUCAAGUUUGUGUUUAAGCCCGAGCCUUACUCCUCCACCAAUGUGAAAACAGUUCACGAGGAGCUGGCUAAAACCAUGACAGCCAUUCUCAGGCCUUCCACAGACUUCCUGACCAGCAACAAGCUGCUCAAGUACUCAUGGUACUUCUUUGAAGCUCUGGUGAAAUCAAUGGCUCAGUAUCUCAUGGAGAGCGGGAAGGUUAAGCUUGCCAGGAUCCAACGUUUUUCAGCGUCCUUCAACCAUGCGGUGGAGACUCUGGUGAAUAUGCUGAUGCCACACAUCACACAGAAAUACAAGGACAACCUGGACGCGGCUCGCAAUGCCAAUCACAGCCUGGCAGUGUUCAUCAAGCGCUGCUUCACCUUCAUGGACAGAGGCUUCGUAUUUAAGCAGAUCAACAACUACAUGAACUGCUUUAUGCCUGGGGACCCCAAGACUUUGUAUGAAUUCAAGUUUGAGUUCCUGCGUGUCGUUUGCAACCAUGAGCAUUAUGUCCCUCUUAAUCUGCCCAUGCCCUUUGGAAAAGGCAGAAUUCAAAGGUUCCAAGAUCUCCAGCUGGACUAUUCUCUGACGGAUGACUUCUGUCGAAACCACUUCCUGGUGGGGCUGCUGCUGAGGGAGGUGGGCGGGGCUCUUCAGGAGUUCCGAGAGAUCCGUCAGAUCGCCAUCCAGGUGCUAAAGGGGCUGAUGAUCAAACACACGUUUGACGACCGCUAUGCUGCGAAAAGCCAGCAGGCAAGACUUGCAACUCUCUACCUCCCCCUGUUUGGUCUGCUCCAAGAAAACGUCUACAGACUGGACAUUAAGGAGUCAGCCAUCCUCAGCAACCACAAUAAUGCCAGGGAGGACUCCAUGGUGACCCCUCAGAAACCUGGGAGCUGCAUAGAAAACGCUCUCCACAAAGAUGUGUUUGGAGUCAUCUCUGGAACAGCCUCCCCGCACAGCUCCACUCCCAACGUGAGCUCAGUUCACCAUGCAGACUCCAGAGGCUCUUUGGUCUCCACCGACUCUGGGAACAGUCUGCUGGACAAAAGCAGCGACAAGACAAACUCCCUGGAGAAGAACCAGUGUGUGUCCACUCUGGGCAGCAGUGUGCUGCGCUGUGACAAAAUGGACCGGGAAGAGAUCAAAAACCUGCUCAUUGGCUUUCUGCACAUCCUCAAGAGCAUGUCAGAGGAGGCACUUUUUGCGUACUGGAACAAAGCAGCUCCCUUGGAACUCAUGGACUUCUUCACAUUGAUAGAAGUGUGCCUUCAUCAGUUCAGAUACAUGGGAAAGAGAUUCAUCGUCAGGAGCCAGGAGGGGGUGGGGCCUGUAGCUCCAGACAGGAAGUCUCUUACUCUGCCUGUGUCCCGUAACAGGGCGGGAAUCCUACACGCCCGCCUGCAGCAGCUGGGAACUCUGGAGAACGCUCACACCUUCAACAACAUGUACUCUCACACAGAGGCAGACGUGAGCAGCCAAUGUCUGCUGGAGGCCAACGUGUCCACAGAGGUGUGUCUCACUGUGCUGGACACACUCAGCAUCUUCAUCAUGGGAUUCAAGAUUCAGCUUAAUUCCGAUCUGGGUCACAACCCCCUGAUGAAGAAGGUGUUCCAGGUCCAUCUGUGCUUCCUGCAGAUCCCUCAGUCUGAGGCCGCCCUCAAGCAGGUCUUCACCUCCCUCAGGACCUUCAUCUACAAGUUCCCCUGCACCUUCUUUGACGGCCGGGCCGACAUGUGUGCCUCUCUCUGUUAUGAAAUCCUCAAGUGCUGCAACUCCAAGCUGAGCUCCAUCCGCAGCGAUGCCGCGCAUCUGCUCUACUUCCUCAUGAAGAGCAACUUCGACUACACCGGACGCAAGUCUUUUGUACGGACCCACCUGCAGGUGGUGAUUGCUGUCAGUCAGCUGAUUGCUGAUGUCAUCGGCAUCGCAGGGACGCGUUUCCAGCAGUCUCUCUCCAUCAUCAACAACUGUGCCAACAGUGACAAGAGCAUCAAGCACACAGCGUUUCCGUCCGAUGUGAAGGACCUGACGAAGCGUAUCAGGACGGUGCUGAUGGCCACGGAGCAGAUGAAGGAGCACGAGAACGACCCGGAGAUGCUGGUGGACCUGCAGUACAGCCUGGCCAAGUCCUACACCAGCACCCCCGAGCUCAGGAAGACCUGGCUGGACAGCAUGGCCCGCAUCCACCACAAGAACGGAGAUCUUUCUGAGGCAGCUAUGUGUUACGUGCAUGUUGCUGCGCUGGUAGCUGAGUACCUGUGGAGGAAAGGUAUGUUCAGGCAGGGCUGCUCGGCGUUCCGCGUCAUCACCCCGAACAUCGACGAGGAAGCGGCCAUGAUGGAGGACGUGGGGAUGCAGGAUGUUCACUUCAAUGAGGAGGUGCUGAUGGAGCUGCUGGAGGAGUGUGCUGACGGCCUCUGGAAGGCGGAGCGUUAUGAGCUCAUCGCUGAUGUUUACCGGCUCAUCAUCCCCAUCUACGAACAGCGCAGAGACUUUGAGGUAAACUGCACAGUGAUAGAACACGGGUCGCAUGUUAUCAGUACAUACACCUGCCAGAGGACAAGGUGUGCAUCUCAGAGAGAACACUAUCCAGCCUAUCUAUAUAUCUUGGUACAGAUGCUUUUAAUGCAUUCUGGCAAACGACUGCUGGGCAACGAUACGGUCAGAGUCGCCUGCUUCGGACAGGGCUUCUUUGAGGAUGAAGAUGGAAAAGAAUACAUCUACAAGGAGCCAAAGUUCACUCCGCUGUCAGAGAUUUCCCAGAGGCUCCUGAAGCUCUACUCCGACAAGUUUGGUCAGGAGAACGUCAAGAUCAUUCAGGACUCCGGCAAGGUGAACCCUAAGGACCUAGACUCCAAGUAUGCCUACAUCCAGGUGACCCACGUCACACCCCACCUAGACGACAAGGAGCUGGAGGACAGGAAGACUGACUUCGAGAAAAGUCACAACAUCCGGCGCUUUGUGUUCGAGACGCCGUUCACUGUGUCGGGAAAGAAGCAGGGAGGGGUCGAGGAGCAGUGUAAACGGCGGACCGUUCUCACCACCACCCAUUGUUUCCCAUACGUGAAGAAGCGUAUAGCCGUCAUGUACCAACACCAGACCGACAUGAGCCCCAUCGAGGUGGCCAUAGACGAGAUGAGUGUGAAGGUGGCAGAGCUGCGCCUGCUGUGCUCCGCCUCUGAGGUGGACAUGAUCCGCCUGCAGCUCAAACUGCAGGGCAGCAUCAGCGUCCAGGUCAAUGCCGGUCCUCUUGCUUAUGCCAGAGCUUUCCUCGAUGACAGCAGUGCCAAGAAAUAUCCUGACAACAAGGUCAAACAGCUCAAAGAGGUGUUCAGGCAGUUUGUGGACGCCUGCGGUCAGGCGCUGUGCGUGAACGAGAGGCUGAUCAAAGAGGACCAGCAGGAGUACCAGGAUGAGAUGAAGGCUAACUACAGGGACCUGGCCAGGGAGCUGUCGAACAUCAUGCAUGAGCAGAUAAACCCGGUGGAAGACGGCAACAGGAGCACUCUGUCCGACUCUAUGGGCAUCUUUAACGCCAUCAGUGGCACACCAACCAGUGCCACCCCGCAUGGCUCCACCACCAUACUCUGAUCAGGAUGUUCAACACCAAACUAUUGCCUUCUUUAUCCCUAAUGACUGAAUACACUUCCUGUCAGUCAAGAGGAAACAAACAACAUCUUUAUUAGUUUUUGUUUUCAUCAUGCUAUCCUGCCAUCAGUUAGCCCAUUCUUCUUGUUUCCUAUGGAGACUCCAGUCAAUACUUAUACAAUAUCUGACUUGUUGCCAGUUUUGGCUCAUUUAUCAUUUUGUAUAGUUUGUUUAAUCAUAUGUAAAAUGGGCUUAAGCACAGCAAGUGUGGAUCCUAUACUGUGACUGGCAACAUGAUGUUAUCUUUAUUAUUCUGGUGUGUUAAGCUCCACCCAAAGGAUGUGGUAACAGACUUCAGUAUUUCCAUGUAAGUCUACACCUUAUCUGUUUUGUAACUGUAUGGCUCCCAUGUAUGUACAUUGUUUGUAUAAGAGAAUGUUUUUAAUGGGAAUAAAUGAAUACCACUGCUGUAUCUGUUAACAUUCUUCCACUGAGGCACAGUAUUUUUACAUUUUCUAUUCUUUCCAUUCAGGAGGCCCUGUUACAGCAGAUGCACAGUGAACAGUGCAGAAAGCAUUCAUCUUUUAUCUUACCCUGGACAUUUGAAAUGAUUGUUCCCUCUAUUUUAGGCCAAUGGACGUGUAUAGAAUCAGUCUAAAGCCAAGUGAACCACAAUGUUUUAACCUUUUUUCUCUAAGGAAAAGUGUGUGCAAUAUUUUCUAUUGUUACCAUGGCCUACCUACUGCAUAGAAAACCACUCUUGCCAAAGACAUUAGAAAAAGACUGUGCAAGGUAAGCCAAGGGUGGCACAAUUUGUAAUCUACCCCCUUUGUUUCUUUGUCUGUCAUGCCUUUUAUUAUCUGUGAGGUAAGAUUCAAAAGCAUUUUUACUUAGUGACUGCUCAUGUAAAUAUGUUUAAGACUUAUAAAUAAAAUAAAUAAUUCCUUCUUUCA